GACGGCUGGGAGGGGGCGGCAGGACCAUGGGCCUUUUGACCAUCCUGAAGAAGAUGACGCAGAAAGAACGGGAACUGAGAAUGCUCAUGCUUGGCCUGGACAAUGCUGGCAAAACCACAAUUCUCAAGAAGUUCAAUGGGGAAGAUGUGGACACCAUCUCUCCAACGCUUGGCUUCAACAUCAAGACCCUGGAGCACCGAGGGUUCAAAUUGAACGUCUGGGACGUGGGUGGCCAGAAGUCACUGCGCUCCUACUGGCGGAACUAUUUUGAGAGCACUGAUGGCCUCAUCUGGGUGGUGGACAGUGCUGACCGGAAGCGCCUGCAAGACUGUGCGAGGGAGUUGCAGGGCCUGCUUGUGGAGGAGCGCCUGGCUGGAGCCACCCUCUUCAUCUUCGCCAACAAGCAGGACUUGCCAGGAGCGCUUUCCUCUAAUGCCAUUCAAGAGGCCCUGGAGUUGGAUUCCAUCCGCAGUCACCACUGGUGCAUCCAGGGCUGCAGCGCUGUCACUGGGGAGAACCUGCUACAGGGCAUCGACUGGCUCCUGGAUGACAUCUCCAGUCGCAUCUUCACUGCCGAAUGAGCCCCUUCACGUGUCCCUGGCUGAUGAUUGGGGCCCUAGGCACACCCUCCACGGGCAUGGGCACCAGCCAGCAGACUAACACCCCACCCCUGUCCCCUAUAACCUGCUGCUGCUACUGCUGCUUGGUGUCCAGCCAGGGCCAAGGAAGAGAGUGCUGGGAUGGGGAGGGGGCACUACUGCUGCUACCAAAGCCCUUUAUUGUCCUCUACUAUGGUGAGAAUAAAGCACUCCUUGCC